UUAUUGGUCGACAUAUACAUAUUACAAUAUUACAUGCAUAAUUCAUCAUCUUCUCUCUCUCUCUCUCUCUCUCUCUCUCUCUCUUUACUGGGCAAAAGGCCUGUCCUUUUAUGACGUCCCACUUCCCAAGAACUAGAGAGAAAGAAUCCAUUUGUUUUCUUUGCCGCCCCCGCCAUUGAAGCUCGGGGCUCUCUCUUCUCUUCUUCAAUCCCAUCUCUGUCUGGCAGCAGCAGCAAGAAGGAGACAGGUCAAUACAGGAUGAACCCGCCAAACUGCCAUUGGAGCCCUUUGACCUGACACACUAACCCACCGAGAAAGAACAUGUCCAUUGUCGACAGUUCCUCAAAACUUGUCGACCCAAGAAAUCGUCACUUCUCUCGGUGCUCCCUCCUCCGCCAUGCGGCGGGCGUCAAGAGAGGAUUUCUUGAUGCUCUGUACCGGCUGCCCACCUCCGUCCUCGCCCUGCUCCUGCUCUUCUUCCUGGCCUUCAAUGCCCUCUCCAUCUUCUCCGUCCGGGUCACCCUCCCGCCCGCCAGGAUCCCGCCGGAGCCGAGGCGCCCCUCCACGGUGAUGUACGCAGUGCGGACCGACGACCCGCCUCUCGUCGCGAAGAUUCAUUUGCCGGUCCUGCAAAAGGACCAGUCUUUGUCCCUCCCCGGCCGGAACCUCUCCUCCUACCGGCCGAGGCGGGCGAAAAGGCGGAGGCUUUCGCUUUCGCUCAAAUCCCUGCCCCUCCGGCCGCAGCCGAGGGGCCAGUUCUCGGCCCGAGUGAAGGGCUUUUUCAGGAAUUCAACCUGUAAGUUGAGGUUCUUCAUGACAUGGAUCAGCUCACCGGACUCGUUUGGGGAGAGAGAUACUUUUGCCCUCGAGAGUCUGUUCCAUUCCCAACCCAGCGCCUGCUUGGUGAUCGUCUCGAGCACGAUGGACUCCGCCCGGGGAAACCGAAUCCUGACGGCAUUUCAGGAAAAGGGCUUCAAGGUCAUGGCGGUUUCGCCCGACUUCGCGUACUUGUUCAAGAACACUCAUGCCCAGCUAUGGUUCAACAAGCUGGUCAAAGGGACCGUUGACCCCGGCGAGGUUGCACUGGGUCAAAACCUCUCCAAUCUUCUCAGGCUCUCAUUGCUGUAUAAGUUCGGCGGUGUCUACAUAGACACCGACGUCGUCAUCCUGCGGAGCUUCGUUGGGCUGAGGAAUGUGAUCGGAGCGCAGACGGUCCAUGCUGGGACUGGGAAUUGGAGCCGACUCAACAAUGCCGUCCUUGUUUUCGAUAAGAACCACCCCCUGCUGUUCAAGUUCAUUGAGGAGUUCGCCCUCACGUUCAACGGGAACAAGUGGGGCCACAACGGGCCCUACCUGGUCUCGCGGGUCGUGGCACGGGUGAGCGGGAGGCCCGGAUUCAACUUCACAGUCCUGCCUCCGUCAGCAUUUUAUCCCGUCGACUGGAGCCGGGUCAGGAACCUGUUCCGAGGGCCACGAGGCCAGCUGCACUCGAAGUGGCUCCUUAACAAGUUUAGGCACAUAAGCAGGGAGAGUUAUGCGGUUCAUCUCUGGAACAGGCAGAGCAGGAAGAUCAGAAUCGAGGAGGGGAGUAUAGUGAAUCGGAUUCUUUCGGCGCAUUGCGUCUUCUGCAAUAAAUCGAUCUCCGAGUUGUAGGCACUAAAUAAGGCCAGAUACUUAGAUUUUCGACUUCCACGGCAGCAUUCAAGUGCGGUAAUGGACCAACUCAAUUCAUUCCGCUGUCACAGUGUACAAGAAAAAGAAAAUAUAUCUCAACCGAAAGGAUAAUUCAUUAUUUUCAAUCCUUUUGUUCGGACAAUAGAUCGAUGGUAUUAUGUUUUGGACA